AUGUCUGACAACGAAGAAAUGGCCGAUGUCAUCGAGCCCUCGGAGCUCGCCGGGCCAACCCCCAUGGACUCGGAUGCCAAGAAGCGCCGUGCGUACAGAAAAAAGAAGGCGGAGAAGCCAAAGUUCGAUGCGCUGAAGCCCUCGGAGAUGGGCAGCGGCAAAGCACAGUAUCGCAAGGUCCCGAUUCCGCCGCAUCGCAUGACCCCUCUCAAGAAGGACUGGCUCCAGAUCUACACGCCCCUGGUCGACAAUCUCAAGCUUCAUGUGCGCAUGAACGUCCAGGCCCGUGCUGUCGAAAUCAAGACCUCCGCCGACACCCAGGAAGAGGGAGCGAUCCAGAAAGCCGCCGAUUUUGUGCGAGCAUACGCUUUGGGCUUCGAAGUCGGGGACGCCAUGGCCCUGAUCCGGAUGGAUGACCUGUAUCUGGAUACUUUUGAGAUCAAGGACGUCAAGACCCUCGGCGGCGAUAACCUGUCGCGAGCGAUCGGUCGCAUUGUCGGAAAAGACGGCAAGACCAAGUACACCAUCGAGAACACCACCCGGACUCGUAUCGUCGUUGCUGACACCAAAAUCCACAUCCUGGGGAGCUUCCAGAACAUCAAGAUUGCCCGCGAUGCUGUCGUCAACUUGAUUCUGGGCUCCACACCCGGCAAGGUCUAUACCACCCUGAGGACCAUCAGCUCCCGGCUGAAGGAGCGGAUGUAG